AGGAGCUCUCGGUGUGACAGUGGCGAGCCCCGGCUUCCCGGCAGCUCAGAGCGAGCGCAGGUCGGCUUCUGCCGCAAGUCCCUCCUCGCUCUUCCCUCCCACCUCCCGCCGUCAGGGCAGCCAGGUUUUCAAUUUCCACCUUCUCCUCCAACUCUCUCUAGCCCAUCAAUCUGACCGAGAGAAGGGUGCCCACUUUUGGUCUUACUGGCUCGGGAGGUGGUGGUGUUUUGUUUUGUUUGAAAUCCCUGUUUCAGGGGAGGGGGCGUGGCGGGGAAGGAUGAAGAACUCGGUUCCUUUACUCUGCUUCUGGAGCGCCUAUUGUUGCUUUGCGGCGGGAAGCCCCACACCCUUUGGUCCCGAGGGACCGCUGGAAGGGAAGGCGUUACCCAGAACUUGAUUGAUCCUUGAGCAAAGGAGCUGAAGGAGGUGAGAGAAUGAGCCACAAGGACACCAGGGUGAAGAACAGUCGUAAAGUCCCACAGACUGAAGUGACCCUGGUCCAAAGUAACAGGAAUGAAGAUAGAGUAUUGUGGGGUCACAGAUGGAGCCAGAAACCAAGGUGAUCUUCAUGAGUCCAGGAAGGUCCAAGCUGUGUCCAAACCAUCUGUGAGUUUUAACCUUCGCACCUCUAAGGACCCAGAGCAUGAAGGAUGCUAUCUUUCCCUGGGCCACAACCAGUCUUUAGAAGACUGUGGCUUCGACGUGACAGCCAAAACCUUUUUCAUCAUUCAUGGAUGGACGACGAGUGGCAUGCUUGCAAACUGGCUGUACAAACUCGUGUCAGCCCUGCAGAUGAGAGAGAAAGACGCCAAUGUAGUGGUAGUUGACUGGCUGCCCCUGGCUCACCAGCUUUACAGAGAUGCUGUCAAUAACACAAGGAUGGUGGGUCACAGUGUGGCAAGGAUGCUCGACUGGCUGCAGGAGAAGGAUGAUUUUUCUCUAAGAAAUGUUCACUUGAUUGGCUAUAGCCUCGGAGCCCAUGUGGCUGGGUACGCUGGCAACUUUGUGAAAGGAACAGUGGGCAGAAUCACAGGUCUGGAUCCUGCUGGGCCCUUGUUUGAAGGGGUGGACAUCAACAAGAGGCUCUCCCCUGAUGAUGCGGACUUUGUGGAUGUUCUGCACACUCACACAGGAACCUUUGGCUUGAGCAUUGGGAUUCAGAUGCCUGUGGGCCACAUUGACAUCUACCCCAACGGGGGUGACUUUCAGCCGGGCUGUGGAUUCAAUGAUGUCUUGGGAUCAAUUGCAUAUGGAACCAUCACGGAGGUAAUGAAAUGUGAGCAUGAGCGAGCGGUACACCUCUUUGUGGAUUCCCUGGUGAAUCACGACAAGCCGAGCUUCGCUUUCCAGUGCACAGACUCCAAUCGCUUCAAAAAGGGGAUCUGUCUCAGCUGCCGGAAAAAUCGUUGCAAUAGCAUUGGUUAUAACGCUAAGAAAAUGCGAAACAAGAGGAACAGCAAAAUGUACCUAAAAACACGGGCAGGCAUGCCCUUCAGAGUUUACCAUUACCAGAUGAAAAUCCACAUCUUCAGUUACAAGAACAGAGGAGAGAUCGAGCCCACCUUUUAUGUUACCCUCUAUGGCACCAAUGCAGACUCUCAGAUUCUGCCUUUGGAAAUAGUGGAGCAGAUUGGGCUGAAUGCCACCAACACUUUUCUGGUCUACACUGAGGAGGACUUGGGUGACCUCUUAAAGAUCAAACUCACCUGGGAGGGGACGUCACAGUCCUGGUACAACCUGUGGAAGGAGCUCCGUAGCUACCUGUCUCAACCCAGCAACACCAAGUGGGAGCUGCAUAUCAGGCGCAUCCGAGUCAAGUCUGGGGAAACCCAGAGGAAGCUGACAUUUUGCACCGAAGACCCUGAGAACACCAGCAUAUCCCCUGGCCAAGAGCUCUGGUUUCACAAGUGUCGGGAUGGCUGGAGAAUGAAAAAUGAAACCAGUCCAACCGUGGAGCUGGUCUGAGGGUGCCUGGACGUGUUGCCAGCACGUAAACCAACCCCGCCGUCCAGCUGUCCGUGCACAUGGAGCAAAGUUACUGCAGAGGACCCACCCAGUGAAGGACUCCUCUUGGACUUGACCUUGGAGCCCCUGGGCCCACCUCUGUUGCCUGUGAGGGUUGCCACUUCCUGCAUGAGGAGACUGCUCUGCUGAAGCACCAGUUGCCGCUCUAGAUGAAGUCUAACUCCAAACCUCCAUUGAUGCCCCUGGGAGCCAAGGCCAGACCUGUGUGGGAGCAGCAGAAUGCCCGGGGCCCUCGAGCACACCCAGCAAUCUCCCAGUGGCUGGGUGAACCCAGGCUUUGCCUGACCCCAGAAGGCUGGCUGGGCAGUGGUUGUACUUGGCCUGACUUGGGACUUAGUGUGAGGUCUUUUCCUCCAGAGCUGACUCAUGUCAGGAUGGCAGUCCUCUUACCUCACUGGCCCAAACAGGGAAACUUAGAUCUCGCCUGGGGCUGAGGCCCUGCUGUGGGAGUUCCCAGGGCUGCACUGGUCAAUACUGGUUGUAUCUUAGAGCUUCCGUCCAGCUCCUUGCUCACCCUCUGAGGCACACAUCAUCUGCUCUCUACUGUUUCCAUGGUUCAUCUCUUGAUUGAACAAGUGCUUAUUGGGCACUCAAUUAGCUUGUGGCAGCAGACAUGUUACUCAACCUUUCUCUUUGGAAGCUCAUGGGGUUGGCGUUUUCUAGAAUCCUUUCUAGUUUAGUGAUCCAUGGGAUUCCAUGUGGUGAAAGACAGGAGGGGAGUGGGGUGGGCUCCAAGCUGUAAGAGUUGGGGACUGAGGCUUUAAGUGGUUCCUUUCUAUUUCUUUUUAGUUAACAGGUGCCAUUUCCUCCAAGAGUGACAAUUAAAUCACUAGCUGUUUAUCAUACACACAGGGACCACAUGGCCAAUUGCUAGACAGGGUUGGGAUCUAUUAGAUGUUACAUAUGCUCUACAUACUGUUUACACAGAAACCUGGGGCUGAAGAUGCAUGUCGAGUGCUUGCCUAGCACAUAUAAGGCCCUGGGUUAGAUUCCCAGGACAGCAAAAAGUCAAAAAUGAACCAACACUGUGUUACAGAAAGUAUCCCCUGUCAGCAGAGCUAAGAGUUAACACAGUGCUUUCCUUCUUGAAAUAUCUUGCUUUCACACCAAUGCAUUUAUGCUAUUGAACUUGGAAAAGCCUUCAGUUCUGGAUCUUGAUUUGAAUGAAGAAACAUGAUAGAUGAGCAACCCUUUUAUACUUUUCAAACGAUUUGCAUGUGCGUCACCUGGAGCAAGGUGAGCAGGCAGCUAUUAUUAACCUUAUUUUAUAAAAUCAGGGCUUACUGAGAUUCAGCCACAUGCUUGGGAUUAUACACCAAGCUUGUGGUGGAGCUGGGCCAAGGAUCCAGAUUUCCUGGAGGCAAAAUUCAUGGUUCAUUCAUCUCUGAAACUUCAUGAAGCUAUCUAUAGCCAAUUCCUGCCAAUAUGCUCCAGAUGUGACAAACAUGGAAUCCUUCCGGAGCCAUCCAUAAAAUCCCAAACUCUUUUAUUAAUAUAUAACCAGGAGAAACCUGUGCCAAGAGGUUGGGUUUUUUAUGGGUGAGAAUUAUUUGGGAGGAGGUGUGCUAUCAGGUGGGGGUGGGAGAGCAAUUUUCUUUGUACUUAGAUUUUUUUUUUUUAAAGGACACUGUUUUAAUUUUCACUGUGCCAAAGUUGUGUCACUGUUGAAUGCCAAACUUCUGAAGACAUAACCAGUAAAGCCUUAAUUUAGAGUGUGCUCUCCAUCCACUGUGUACUUCUGCAACUGCUUUCUAGCCAAAGUGAAACUUGUAUUAUUGGCCUUGUGUCCCGGUUACUUCUGACUUCUGUUUCCAGGAAGGGGAGAGUUGGGGACCGAAUCCUCAGUGGGUUGUGUAUUUAUACAUUUGGCUUGAAGCCUUAUUUGUAUAUAAUGAGUCUUUUUUUUUUAAUGCUACUUAAAACUCUAUUUAUUUCUCAAAUGUAUAUAAUGUAUAAAGAUGAAUAUACGAUUAGUCUUUACUUGAAGAUUAACCGAUUUAAAGAUUUAAAAAUUUUAAUAGUAAAAUAAUAAAAAAAAAAACUACAAAAUUCUUAAUGGCUUGUCAACUGACUUCUUAAUAUAUGGCUGCCCAUACCUUGGGUUUGACGUGAAGUGACUUCAAUGGAAGAUAUAUUCCCUACUUGAUACUCAUUGUUAGCAGGACAUGGACGACAAGAAGGAUAGUUAUUUGAAUCGCUGCAGAAAGGUCUGAAGGUGGAUGUUGGGAAGAACAGGGAGGGUGGUUGGACAUGGGUGACAUUAGUGAACAUAUAGAUAAGUGACUUAAUCCAAACAGAGGCUGUUUUCUCUAUUGUGUUAAAGCCCAGCUCAAACUGAGGUUCUGUUCUACGUGGCCACAACAAGUCAGGCUCUCAGUUCUCCACUGUGCCAUCCUCAGGGUGAUUCUUUCAUGUCCACAGCCCAAGGUAUUCCCUUAGGUUCCCUUUUAGCCAGCCAAAGAGAAAGGGGAGGACAGUCCCCUCUUAAGGGCUUGACUGAGAAAUUCCAAAUUCUAUUGGCCAGAAAUUAAUUUCAUAGUCGCAAGGAAUGCUGGGGAAUAUUGUUUUUGUUCAGGCCCCCAUGGACCCAGCUCUUCAAUGACUAUUAAAGAAUGGAUAUUGCCAUCUGCUUCUCAGGAUCACUUCUUAUCUCCUGGGAGAUGAACUAGGGCACCCUUUAAUUCAAUCCUGUAGUCAAUUUUUAGUAAUCUUAAAUUGAAUCAUCACUACGAAGUUAGGUGAAUCACAUAAAUUUGACUUUAUUUCUAGGCUUAACUGUCAAGACAUUUAAGAAUGAGAAGAAAGCUCUCUGUAAUGGGUUUAGCAAUGGUAGAAAAUGGCUGCUCUCCAUCUCCACCAGCCACAUCUCGACCUCCCAAAACCAGGUGGAAUUCACAGCAGUAGGGUUUGGGAAUAGAGGCGUGUUCUUAACUUAGUUCAGGUGUGAGAGGAAAGGGCCAAAAUGGUGUCUCUGGCAGAGCAAAGGACAUAGUCUCAGGACUCCAGAGUGCCUUUUGUUUGACUUGGAGACUGCAAGUCACCCUUUGCACAUUAAAGUCCAGGAACUUCCAGGGCCUUAUUUGAAUUCUUCAAAAAAACGGAAGCACCAAGCUCUUGGAAAGGAUGGAUACCCAGUGGGGACAAGAAUAGUCGCUGUUUUCAAAUGUGUUUCUUAUUUGCCAUCUCUGUGUUCAGAUCUGCCCACUGAAGUCUGCCAUGUGAGCUCUAUGAGGGUAGAGACCUUCAUCCGGCUUGUGUUCUCCGGUUACCUAGAACCCAGAAUAGUGUCUGGUCCACAGUAGGUUCCCACAAAUACUUGAGUGGAUGAAAUUAGGUACAAGAAACCAGCUGCUUAAAUAGGUGGUAUGGGAGUUGGGAAAAGAGCAGUUAAUUUGGAGUCUGAAGUCUUGGUAUAUCAUGCAGGAUUAUGUGAGCUUUACCCUAAGUAUAAUCUUUCUGAGUCUGUCUGGUCACUUAAAAAACAGAUAAUACCCUGCAGGACUGUUGGGGAUAUUAAAUGUGUAUGGUAAAAAAGUAUUAAUGCUUUGUAAACAUUUGAAUUAGAAAAAAGACAGUGAGAUAAAGAUAGAAUAAAAAUAAAAUCCUUUGCAUGUAUAGUUAGAUAUUUUAUACAUAAUAAAGAGAGUCUGUUAGUCAUUGAAGAAGAAAUGGAUGGUUGUCUAGAUGACGGUGGGAAAGUAGACUCAUUUGAUAAGGAGAAACAUAAAAUUAGAGCCCCAGCUUACACUGUAUACAAAGCCACUUCCACUUGAAUGAAAGGUAUGAAUGUGAAAGAGGGCUGGGGUUGUGGCUCAGCAGUAGAGCGCUCGCCUCGCACGUGUGAGACCCUGGGUUCGAUCCUCGGCACCACAUAAAAAUAAGUAAGUGAAAUAAAGGUUAAAAGAAAAAAUCCAUGACUGAAAUCCCUGAAAAUAAAGAACUUUUAAAUAAAAAAUAAAAGAACUUUUUAAAAAAGUGUGAAAGAAAGUCAAAGGGUAAAUAGAUACUAUGAAAUACAAGUUGAAAUCUGUAUAAAACCCAAAAGAUCUAAAAUGUCACAAUUAGAAGGAUAAGAAAUAGAAAGUUUGAAUAGAUCAACAAAUAUUAAAGAAAUAGAAAUGCUAAUAAAAGAUUCUGUUUUACCCGAUACAUUCAAAAAAACUCCCUGGUCACAGAGGUUUUACUGGGAAAAUAUACCACUAUUUCAAGGAGCACGUAAUCUAAUUUAUACAAGUAGUUCCUGAUAAUAGUGAAAUCUUUCCACAUUUCAAACCAUUUAUGUAGAAAAUUAGAAGCCAAAUUUGUUUGUUAAUAUAAACGAGAAACUUACAAAAAUAUUAAGUACCCCGAUGGCUGAACCGUGUCCUCUCCAAAUUUGUACAUGUCUCAGAAUGUAACUAUAUUUGGAAAUAGUACUUUAAAAAAAAGGCAAUUAAAGUUAAAUGAAGUCAAAGGGUUGGGUCCUAACCUAUUCUGGCUGGUAUUCUUCAAGAAGAGGAAAAGAGACUCCAGGAAAAGGCCAUGUGGGGACACAAUGGCAAGAUGGCCAUCCUUCAGCCAAGGAGAGAGGCCUCAGACGAAACAGAUCCUUGCCAAAACCUUGAUCUUGCCUUCUGCCUUCCAGAACUACAGGAAAAUAAAUUUCUGUUGUUUAAGCCACCCAGUCUGUGGUAUUUUGUUAUGGCAGCCCUAGAAAAUGAAUACAGCUAUUAAAUCCAGCAAAUACUGUAAAGCCAUGAAUCACGCCUUAGUUCAUCCCAGAAGUGCAAGAAUAGAUUACAAUGAUAAACAUCUAUCCGUGUAAUCCAUCUAAUUAAUUUACUAAAGGAAAUUUCAUGUGAUUAUCUUAAUAGAUGCAGGAAAAAUAUUUCACAAAAUUUUUUUAAACUUCUGCCUUAUGAAUCACAUAGAAUGGUUGAUGGCUUACUUGGCGAAGAUAUUUGUGACAUUUAAAACUGACAAGUGACAGGAGUAAACAUCAAGGAUGAAUAAACAACAUGAAUCAGCAAAAGGACUUGUUUUGGACUUGUUUUGGACUUUGCAGUGACUAAGUGACUUUUUAGUUGUAAACAUGUUUUGGCUAUAGGAUGACUAGAUAGUAUGCCCAUGUUAGAUAAGUUGAUGAUGUAACUAGGUAGUGUGCUUAUGUUAGAUAAGUUAGACAUAAACAAGUUUGUUGUAAACAUAUAGAGUAUAUAAGCGCGAGGGAAACUCCAUGUAUUUGCUCACAAUCAACUCUCAUCGCCUGAGAGUAAGAUCGUGCAGUGUGAGCCAGUCACCCCGUGUAUUGCUUUGUGUGGUGUGCGAAUAAACCAGCAUUUCAAAAGGCAA